AUGAGUAUCCCACGUACUCUCUCUAGGGAGGAAGAGGCGGAGUUGGCCAGAAGCAACAAGAAAGUGAAGGACUAUCACCAUGCCGGGUUCAAUGAAGGCUCUAGAGAGAGCUCUCCAACCCCAGGGCAACAAAGUUCUGGCUCCUUUGCCAGAGCCUCAUUCAAGGAAAAGCUGGUGGGCGAAAUGCCAGGGGCUUAUGUAAAUGCUUUUGAUUUUGAGAGUCUUAUGGAGGAGGAUGAUUUUUCUGAUGGUGAGGGUAGCGAGGCAACCGGUCAGAUUCCAGAAGGUUGGGUCACUGUCAAGCUUACGAAGGAAACCAGACGGCGCAUUAGUGGCCCCCUGUCAAAAGCUAUAAUAGUGAAACUGAUUGGAAGAACAAAUAGCCUCAUCUACAUGCGAACCAAACUAAGCCAAAUGUGGAGACCAUCAAGUAGGAUGGACUGUGUGGAUCUUGGGUAUGGUUUUUUUCUAGUCAGAUUCUUUGCUAAGGAGGAUUUGGAUAAUGUUUUAAGAAGAGGGCCAUGGUUUAUAGGUGACCAAUUUUUAUCUAUUAGGCCGUGGGAACCCUUCUUUAAACCUUCAACGGCGAAUGUCUCACUCAUUGCGGUUUGGAUCAGACUGGGUGAGCUCCCUUUUGAGCUUUAUGAAGCAGAGGUUUUAAAGCAGAUUGGAGAAUCCAUUGGUAAGGUACUGAGAAUUGAUUCUCACACAGCCAUGGAGGCUCGUGGCAAAUAUGCUAGACUAUGCAUACAGAUUGAUAUCAACAAACCUCUAGUGAACACCAUCCUUAUUGGACGAUUUGAACAGGUUGUGACCUAUGAGGGCAUCCAAAGUCUUUGCUUCUCCUGUGGGAGACUUGGACACAAGGUGGAGGCGUGUCCUGACACCAUUCGCAAGGGUAAGGAGAAGAUGGGUUCGGAAAAGAUGGGUUCGGAGGAAGCUGUGGUCGCGCCGGAUGGCCGUGAUGGUACAUCACGUGAGUCGCAUGUUGGCCAUUCCACAACGGCAAAUAAGGACAGUACGGAGGUGAGAGAGGAAUCGAAACCGGAUGGGCAAUAUGGGCCGUGGAUGGUGGUAAGUAGAAGGACGAAUGGGCGUAAAGGGACAAGAGCAAAUUUCAAUACAGAAGGUACUGGAAAUUCUGGCCGGAAUAGUGCUGCUUAA